UCUAACCAGGAAGAGAUAAACACUGCUGCUGCUGAGAGGAAAACCAGGAAGUAGAGAAGGCAGUUUUGUGCCUGAACCGACAAUUCUGACAAUGAUUGUUUAGAUCUGUCCUCAACAGGCUGCGGUUACAGACAAACAGACAUGGGGCCGAUUGCAGUUAUUCUACAGCUCCUGGCAGUGAUGUCACUGACUGCAGCGAAGGACGAUGGAUUAGUUAGGACUCCACCCAUGGGCUGGAUGGCCUGGGAGCGAUUUCGCUGUGAUGUUGACUGUAAAGAUGAUCCAGAAAACUGCAUCAGUGAGGCUCUGUUCAGAGACAUGGCUGACCGGCUUUAUGAGGACGGCUGGAAGGAGCUUGGCUACGAAUAUGUGAUCAUAGAUGACUGUUGGAUGUCAAUGGAGAGAGACAAAGAGGGGAGACUGCAGCCGGAUCCCGUCAGAUUCCCAGGUGGCAUAGCAAAACUGGCAAACUAUGUCCAUGAACGUGGACUGAAGCUGGGCAUCUAUGCAGACAUGGGCACAUUUACAUGUAUGGGCUUCCCGGGUACCACUCUGGAUAAAAUACAGAUCGACGCCCAGACCUUUGCUAGCUGGGGGGUGGACUACCUGAAGUUUGACGGGUGUAGCUCAAAUCCCUUAGUGCAGAUGCUGGGUUACCCACUGAUGUCCAUAGCUUUGAACGCCACAGGCAGACCUAUAGUCUAUUCUUGUAGCUGGCCGGCGUAUCUGGGAGGACUUCCACCUUUUGUGAAUUAUAAUCUGAUGGGGGAAAUUUGUCACCUGUGGAGGAAUUAUUAUGACAUUCAGGACUCAUGGGACAGUUUACAAGCCAUUGUUGACUGGUUCUUCAACAACCAGGAUGAAAUUCAACCGGCUGCGGGGCCUGGAAGAUGGAAUGACCCAGACAUGCUCAUCAUUGGAAACUUUGGCCUCAGUAUGGACGAGUCCCGCUCUCAGAUGGCUCUGUGGGCCAUCAUGGCUGCACCUCUGAUCAUGUCCACUGACCUUCGACACCUCGAUAACGGAGCAAGGGCCAUCCUGCAAAACAAAGUGGCCAUUGCCAUCAACCAAGACCCUUUGGGCAUCCAGGGAAGACGCCUCCUGAAGGAGAAAAGUCGUAUUGAGGUGUACUGGAGGCCUCUGUUUCAAUCAGCCAGUGCUCUUGUGUUCCUGAGCCGACGAACAGACAUGCCCUACCGCUACCACACUUCACUGGGCAAACUUCACUAUGAAGAAGGCAACUAUGAGGCCUAUGAUGUGUUUACUGGCACCACUGUGAAGGGACUGAAUUCCACCACAGAGAUUACCCUCUCCAUCAACCCCUCAGGUGUUGUCAUGUGGUACGUCUACCCACUACGAAAGCACAAUCACACCACAGACACCGAAACGCUUCGCCAUCAUCUGAGGAAACCAGCAGAGUUCAGAUUUCACAGAGAGAAAUCAGGACAUCGCACUCUUUUAUAAAGAAACUGUCACAAAGUAUGGAUUUCGAUUAGCUUUUUAAAAUUCUAAAAAAAAAAAUCAUCCUGAACACAACUUUGAAAUCGAACAGAAAUUGUAUGGAUUUGUUUUGUGCUUAUGUAUUUCAUCAUCAAACCACACAGACACACUGUGAUGUGAUUGUUCCAAGAGAAAAUGUGAACUCGGCUUGUUCUGUCUGCCUUCUUUGGAUCAAUA